AUGAAUAUCCUCGAAUGGGCUUUCGGAAAGCGCAUGACGCCCGCGGAGCGUCUUCGCAAGAAUCAGCGCAUGCUAGAUAAGGCCAUUCGCGAACUCGAUCAGAUGCGUGUCAAACUUGAGAAACAAGAAAAGACCCUUAUCCAGCAAAUCAAGACAAGUGCCAAGAAUGGGCAAAUGGGAGCCUGCAAGAUUCAAGCCAAAGACCUUGUCCGUACGAGACGAUACGUUGAGAAGUUUUAUAGCAUGCGUAGUCAACUACAAAAGAUUUCGCUGCGUCUUCAGACCUACAGGACGAACGAACAGAUGAUGCAGGCCAUGAAGGGUGCUACUAUGGCCUUGGGAAGCAUGAACAAGUCGAUGAACCUUCCCCAGCUCCAACGGAUCGCUAUGGAAUUUGAACGAGAAAACGAUAUUAUGGAUCAGCGACAAGAGAUGAUGGACGAUGCCAUUGACGAUGCUAUGGAUGUUGGAAUCGAAGAGGAGGGCGACGAAGUGGUAGAGCAAGUCUUGGAAGAGAUUGGAGUGGACUUUAACCAGGCGCUUGGCGAAACACCUACUGCCUUGGGAACUGCAGCAGUGCCCGAGGGUAAGAUUGCUCAGGCAGUGGGAGGUGGCGGCGGUGGCGGCGGUGGCGGUGACCCCGUCGACGAUGACCUUCAAGCAAGACUUGAUAGCUUGCGGAAGUAG